UUUUUUUUAAAGAGAAACUGAAAGAAGAUUAGAAAUCAAUUUCAUAUGUAAAACUAUAAAAGUAUAAUGUAGAGUAGAGCAAUCUUUUUAAUGUUUUACGGCUUGAGCUUUUUCAAAUAAUGUUUUACACAUAAUUGUUACUCUACUAGCGUAGUACUAGUCAAGUAGAAGCGUCUGAAUCGUGUAGAAGGACUAUAAAUUAUAAAUGUUUUAAUUUUAAUCACAACAAACUAAACUCCACUGAAUCAGUGCAAAGUGCAAGCACUACAAACUUCAACAGUGUAGUCUACAGCUUCAGUGCCAGUGUGAAUUUGAUUCAGUGUUGACUUUGUCUGAAUGUUGAUAGCAGUGUCAGUGGUGAGAGGUGAGUAGGCCUCAAUUAACUCAAUAUACCAAUACCCCAUUUUACUUUCAAUAUUUAAAAAAAAAAAAAAAAUUGGAAUCCCGCUACUGCUUGGGCUUGAGAUUUAAUAACAACAAAAUAUAUAAUUUAUAAUAUAAUCACAUAGUGGGCUUAGUGGCUUUACUUUUAGGUAUGGCAUGGAACUUGGUCUUGGACUUGUUCAUAGUAAUCAUAGUCAUAGACUUAAGACACCCAUAAUAUGGAGCCCACAGGAAUUUUUCAGAAAAGGGGGGGGGGGGGGGGGGUGGGUUGCAACAAACUUCGUACAUUUUUUUUCAUAAUAAAAUAUAUGUAUGAAAUGAAAGCUAAAGAGUGUAGGCCUAUGUCUAUGUCGCUAUACUAUGUAGGCCUAUUGUUAGUAGCCUACUUUUUAAAACUGAGUUUUUACAAACAUGGAACAUAUCUUCACUCUUGUCAUUUGAGUUUUUAGGAUUGCUACGAUAUUAUAAUUGUCCUACACAGAUACAAGGGCUCUUCAUCUCAAUGUUAACUAAAGCCCAAGAGUCAAGUCCACAGAUGCAAGGGCUCUUCAUCUUAAUGUUAACUAAAGCUAUUGCUGAGUAUAUAGAGAUAAUCACAAGACAUACAAGAAACAUAGAAGAAAAACAUGAACACAAUUGCUGGCGAGCAUCUGGUAGCAUUUUACCAGUGUCAUUGGUUACCACUUUGUGCAACUGAUUGCAUAUCAUCUUGAAAUUCUCCAUGAAAAAUAUGAAUGCUUAAAUAUUUUGCGGACCACUGAGUUAAACUUAACAAUGGAAUGUUAGGUAUUAAUGACCUUCGUUUUUAUGCUUUCUUGAAAAACUAAAUUUUGAUAGUUUUGAUUGUACCAAUGGCAUUAUGCACGUGAAUAGCUGAAUUCAAAUCAUUAACCACCAGAUUUAGUUUAUGCACAGAGCAAGGAAAAAAAGGUGCUUUUGGAAAAAUCGUGCGCAUUUUAGUCUGUACACCGCCUUCUUUUUCUGCCAUUGUGGAACAGCCGUCAUAUCCUUGUCCAAGUUAUUUUGUCAUGUCCAGACCAAAUUGAUUGCAGUGAUUCAUAAUAGCAUCUGCAAUAGCAACUACUGUCAUUUGCUUCAAUGGCUGGAAUCCGAUUAAUUCUUUACGCACUUUAAAUGUUCUACCUACCUUGUCUACAAAACAUACCAGCAACAACAAUUGUUCUGUUCCUGAUAUAUCAGCUGUUUCAUCUACUAAUACUGAGAAUCCUAUAGAAUUGUUUGCUGAUGUAAUAAUUUGUUUCUUUAUUACUUCCUCACAUAUCUCUAUCAGUUGAUUGUGGAUGAGUGAGAAGCAUAAUUAGUAUUAGCAACGUGCAUUUAUUGCAAAUAUGUCUCCAGGUCUUUGUUGCCAGAGGUCUUUGUUGCCAGCCUCCACUCUAAACUGAUCAUGAACAUUUCCACUGUCACUAUUUUUACCACGAAUGUCGUGUGCUCUGCAGAAAAUAACUGUUGAUAAUAUCGGCAAAUCUUAUUAGAAAUCUUAUUAGAAAUCUAAAAUCUUAUUAGAAAUAGACUUGUCUAUCUGAUUUAUCGGAUAUCUUGGUCUGAAUUCCUAAUGAUGCUCAAGAAUGCUUUUGCAUCCUGCUGAGCACCUUUAUGUGAUUCACAUUUCACAUGAUUACGAGCACCUUGAGGAAAGUCAUUUUAUGCAGUGAAAGAUGUUGCUAUAAAUGGUACAUGGUACACGGUUACAAUAGAAAAUAUACAUACUGAACCUUUAAGAUGACUAAAAUAGGCAAACCAUGGAGAGGACUGAUCAAACCAGGCAUACCAAAUACAACGUUAUUUGCCAGGUCUGUCCUUAAUGAAAUUGUAUCUAGCUAUUGGUCAGUAUGGGUGUGUGAGUAAAUGAUAUUUUAAAACAUUUGACAGUUGAGAUGUCAACUGAAUAUUACGACCCAAAUCAAAAUAGUUGAUUGUUAUAUCACAGAUAAAAUUAUUAUGUGUUGAUAUUUCAGUUUUUAAAUCUGAGUGAUGCAGACAGCUCUGAGAACCACUGUAGCACCUUCAAACUCCUGCGAGUCUGAAAUGGUCAGGUCACUGCUUUUAGUUUGUUAUUCAACUUGUUGUUCCUCAUUUGUCACUAUUUUUGAUGUAGACACAGUUGUUAGGUUACAUGUCUUACACUCAUCAUCAUCAAAUGAUUUCUUUUGUAAUUUAGCCGGCUUCUCAGUCCACAUGGCACUUAAUGUUUGAUGCUGCUUAUGUGUAGGUCUGUCUUUGUUAUCCAUAAUAAUUUUACUGGGAUUCAUAAGUCUAACUGUCUAUCUCUAGGUUUAUCUUUGACUAUGGCAAGUACCACUGUGUCUAUCACUUCAAAAUGACUGUCCACGAGUCUCUAUCGUCUCUGCUAGAAAUUCAGGAUCAAACACUUAAUUCAUAACAUUUCAUUCUUUCAGUUUCCUAUUAAAAACACUGUAAUCAUCAAAAUAAUGUAGAAAGCUACAAUGCAAAUGUGCCCUAUGUCAUGUCACCCAGUAUGUUGUUGGUAAUAAAUUCUCACUGCAUCACUUUGUUCAACGUAUUUUUAAUACCGUUUCUUCAGAGUAGGCCUAAAAGUAUUUUUAACGUCACAUGCCACCAGAAACAAUGCAGAUACACUUGUCAAAGCCACUAUGCAUUUGCAAUACUAUGGUAACUUCAAUCACAUUAAAGAUAACUUGACCUCUUCUUCUUCCAAACAGGGAACUCAAGUGAAGCAAUUUUUUUUAAAUAAAAAAAAUCAUUAAAAAAAAUAAAUUAUGCUAGUGAAAAUGAGAAUAAGUUGGUAUGUUGUAUCCAUCAACACUUUGGUCUUUUUUAAAGCAACAAAAAAUUGCUGUCAUCUAUAGAAUUUCAUAUUAAUUUGUAAUCAUCUUCACUUUCGCUCAAUGUUUAGUUUUUUCAGGGCUCAAUAUUUAUAAUUUUGGUCUCUCCAAAAGAACCUGGAGUCACAGGGUGCAUGAAAAUAGUUCAUUUGAUUAUAGAAAAAACAAACAAAAAACGUUUUUUGCCCUACUAUAGUAUAAUUCUGGGUUUAUAAUGUUGUACUUAUAUAGAUGAUCAUUUUUUUUUCAAAUUUAAAAUCCAGAACAUUUAAAAUUGCUUUGGCAACAUGUGUGUCAGAAAAUUACAACUACUAAAAGAACUCUUCUGUCUGUGAGGUGCCCUUAUGAAAAAAAUAUUAUUGUGAUGCAAAUUUGGAUGCAAUAUAUAUAUUUUUAGAUGAGUUAUUUGUUUAUGCCUGGGUAUCAGAUGGGCUCUAUAUUAUAAAAAAAUUAGUCAUUUUUUAUUUGGAAGUCUUUAACUGUACUGGUUACAACUCAUGACUCACCAGGACCGGAGUACAAAAAAAACCUUUACUGUACUGGUAAAAGCAGUAGGAAUAAUCAUCAGUUUCAUAAUUCUACUGCAGUAGGGCAUCUAUUUUUUGAACACCAAUUACCCACAGAAUCUGUUUUACAAACAGAAAUUGUCUUUUUAUUAUUAUUUUUUUAUCAUCAUACGCAAUGUGCAGGGCAUAGAGCAUUUGUGAAAGCAAAGUGACCUUGGAUUUAAUUCAGUCUAUCUAUUUUUGGAAACUAACAUUAGCAAAAAAAAUUAAAAUUUCCAGAACUCACAGGUUUUUAUACAAAUAAGAUGACCCUUCACUUAUACAAAGGCUACUUACAAUGAACAUUAAAACAGUUUUUCUCAAUGUGGGCUAUAUGGUCCUCCAGGGGGCCACAUUUCUUGGAUUCCUCAAAAAUUUUGAAAAUGAAAGGACUUAACAUUUUUAUAAGUUUUAAAAAAAAAUUAUUGAUAACAGGAAAGGGGCCUCAAGCAAAAUAUGUUACGAAAUGCUGCAAUAAAGUACUGUAAUUAUAUAAUAGUAAGGAAAGAAUAUUUUGUGUUUUUUUGCACUAAAUUCUUUAGUGCAACCCAUCCAUGGUAGUGUUUGGUUUAUUAAAAUUUUUUCAAUCUGAAAUAGCCCCAGUCCCAAUUAGUUCGGAAAAUUGAUGCUUCGUUGUAUUUUAUUUUAAGUAUAUGAACAAAUUGUGGCAUAAUGAGUUAGCAACUAUUAAUUAAAAACUCAUUUGAUAAAAAUUUAUUGAACUAUUUUGUUAAGCUCAUUAAGUAAAAAUAUAUAAAUAUUAAGGACAACUUAAGAGAAAUGCAUUCUUCCUCAAAAAUAUUAUAAAUUAUAUUUAUUUAUUUUUUUUCUCUCUCAGCAGUGAAGAAACGGUUCAUUUAUUUGACAGCAAAACUAGAAUUUUUAUGACCUGUAUGUGGAAAAAUAGAAGCAGAUAAAAUGUCAGAAAUGGAUCAAAAUAGUCCAGAAGAUAUGGCAGCUAUUACGGAAUGCAUUAAACAAACACUCAUCAAAUAUUUACAACCAGCAGCCAUAAAACAAAAAUUUAUUUCUCUAGGUGAGUAACUAUAGAUUAUAUUUUACUAAAAGUUAAACAAACUCCAGUUACAUUAAAAUUAGCUUUUUUACAACCAGCAGCCAUAAAACAAAAAUUUAUUUCUCUUGGUGAGUAACUAUAGAUUAUAUUUUACUAAAAGUUAAACAAACUCCAGUUACAUUAAAAUUAGCUUUUUGACAGGACAGAAAAUAGGAUUACUUUUAUCUAGAAUAUCUAUUCAUGAUACUCCCUUAUGUAAAUAUGUCUUAGUAACAGAUAAUUGAAGGAUUACGCUUUGUUCAAAUAGAACAGAUGCAAUAAUUAAUUAAAUGUUUUUUUUACCCGGCAGGUUAUUUUUGGCCAGCGAGGCACUAGCAAAGCUGUUUUUAUAAAAUAUAACUUUAUCCAGGAGUUCCUCAUACUUUAUUAUACUUAGAAUUAGAAUGUGGAAAAGUUAUAGUUUCAUUUAUUGUUCAUCUAUUAUUAUAAUACUUUCAUAAUGUAAUAAAUUAGUUGUUAGUAUAAAUAAAGGUUUUUUUCUGUUUUGCAAUAUCAACUUAAAAUAGGAGUACCUAGAUUUUAUAAAGUCUUCAUGUGUGACUUGGACACAGUUUUAAAACAUAAAAUGAGCUAACUUCAGUUUGGACAGCCUUCAACUUAACUAUAAAAACCAAAAAGAAUCCAAACUAAAUUUAUUUUAAAUGUCCAUGACAAGCUAGUACUAAUAAUAUAAAGCUUUUCAAUUUUUAGACACACUUAAGCUCAUAGAGAUAACACUAAAAGAGAAGCGUAACUUCUAGAAUAUUUUGUAAUGAUUACAUUUGUAAAUUAGGAUUUUGUUUUCAGCUAUAGUGAUACUAGGGAUACCAGUCAUGAAACCAACAUUCCUAAUCAUAAAGUUACCUAGGUUAUUGGUUAAUGAUGCCAUUAAAUUAGAAGUUAAAAUAAAAAGUUUAUAAAUAUAAAAGUAAAAUAAAGAUUUCUAUGUGUUACACUUAUAAAUAAUGCUCUGUCACUUAUCCUCUUAUUUGAAAUAUGUUUAGGGCAUACACAAGUAUCCCACGUAGUAACAGCGCUCAAAGAAAGACAAGAAUCAGCCGAAGACUUACUUACCUGGAUUCUGGAGAGUGAUGAGAACAAUGAACUUAUUAGUGCAUUUGUUGAAGCCUUAAGAGACAUAGGCAAAGAAUCAAGUAAAAUUUUUACUUUCUUAUGUUAAAAAAACAAAAACAAUUCUAUUUUGCGUACACUGAUGCAAAUCAUAAUCAUUAAUUGCUACUCAAACAUUUGCAACACUUAGUGCAGCAAAUUAAUCCGUUCAUUUAUUCAAUAUGUCAAUUUGGUUUUCCAAACUUACUGGCCUAAACUAAUUACAUAAAAAUAUUAAAGGAAAAAGACUCUACACAGCACACUUCAUCCCCUAAAUUGUUAAUUAAUUCAUUAAAAAAAAUUUAGAGACUUCUCUAAUGACAGAUUUAAUUAUAUUACAAGAGAUAAUCCAUGCCCAUUUCAGGAUGAAAUCACAAGGAUGUUUUGAAUUAACUUAUUUUGGCAUUAUUUUUUUAAACUGUACUUAUCUUUCAUUAUUUUAGAGAAUUCAUCAGUUUUUAUCCAGGCCACUGUCAGUGGUCCAGCUGGUACUGACUUGUUUGUCAAUGAAUAUUUGCCAUACCUGAUUGGCAUGAUUGAUGGCAGUUUGAUUAGGAAACUUACUACAGAUGACUUGCAUAAUAUCUUUGAUCAUAUGGCUGCUCAUAAACUUGUCCUUGAAGUAAGGCAUUUUUGACAUUUUUACAAAUCUCUUAUAUAUAGUUACUUGUGGUUUGACUACUUCCAUUUCCGGAUAGCGUGCAAAAUAUAAUUCACGAUAACUUAGCUAAAUAUUAUUUUAAAAAUAGCACAGCUGCGUUUGGUGCAUAGGAAAAUGAAAUCAUCUCAAUUUAAAUAUGGUGUAAUAAAUAUUCGGUUUAAGUGGUUGGGACAUCAGCAUAUUAAUAUAGUUCAUGGGCAUGAAAUAAAAAGUGUGCAGUGACAUAUCAUGGGGGAAGGGGUGUGUCAAAAAUUGGGAUUUUUAAAUGUGCGUUACUUGAGUUCAUGUAUUGUCAAGUAACUAGUAGCUCAUGCAUUGCUGUCACCAAUGUUUUGUGAGCUAUAAAUAGUACAUUUUAUAUUUUACUAGUUAAAUUUUCUUUGAACAGUUGUAUUUUUAACUUAAAUUAUAUUACUAUGUAAAUAUUUUUAUUAAUGAUUACUUUUUAUAUAAUUAGAACUUACUUCUUUCUCAUACACACACUCUGCAUCUUUUUAAUGAACUGGGGGAAAAAAAGGAUUGUAUGAAAUUUCCAUAGUUUGGGAAAAUGAAUAAAAACCGAGUUAUCCAAGGCAUUUUAAUCUCUUUGUUAAUUAUUAUAGAAGACUUUCAUUUUUGUUGACCUUAUUUUGCAAAAUUUUCUACAACCAAUAACCACACUUUUUUAAUGUUUACCUAAAUUUGUAAAUGUUACAUUUUCAUUUAACGUUUGUGUGUUCAUACAAUUAAAUUUUGUCAAUUACAGAGAGACAGAAAGCGAUGCAAGAGCAGAAGGGAUAACUUUGAGUUCUGCUAUGAAAUGUUUAGGUCAGUUAAGGAUCGAAAUCCUGACUGGCCUUUUGUGUUUCUCAAUGCCGUGAGUUUAAGACGCCCAAGUUUGCUUCAACUGUCUAUAAAUAACGGCAUUCCACCAUCAGAGGAUGGAGAUUCUAAAAAUAAUAAUCAAACAGAUUUGGAGAUCAGAAAUGUUCCAUCAGGUGGCUUGCUAGUUUGAUUGUCUAUAUAGUUUUGUUUUCUUUAUUCACCUAUUUGUAUUUGAUUGGUUUCUUUCAUCAAAUUCUAUUAUACGUUCAUACAUCAUAGUCACACUGAAUUGAACACAUCCUUUUCCAUUAUCAAUGUAAACUUUAAUCCAGAAACAUAUCUAACAGGCUGUACAUUGAAUCAAAGACGUGUACCAGUAUAACACAGUUCACCAUAAGAAGGAGAAUAAUGCGCAACCAUUCACUAUAAAGUUCUUUCAUCGGCCGCUGAACAAAAAUGCACGUACACCAUGACAGACUAUAUACUAUGUCAUAAUUACAAUAAUUAUAAAUCUCCAAUUUAAUGGCGGGAAAAGCAUUAAUUACCUAAACUAUCCAUUAAACACACCGCACAUAUUAAAAUACAAUAUUCUAUGUUCAACAAUUACUUGUGAGUGAAUACUCAUACUUGACACUGUCGAAGGUUACUUAGCCAAACAUCCACUUUUUUGUAUUAUCCAUCUGGUUUUCCUCUACCCUGCAUAUAUUUCUUAUUGCUUUAACCUGCAUUCAGGCCUCCCUGUAUUUCUCUUAGGUUUAGUUGAACAAGUUUUAAAAAAUAAAUAAGUCCCAGAUGAGUAUGUGUAUGAAUCAAUUGUAAAUUUCUAUAAAUUUCAGGUUUGAAAUAAUAUAUCACAAUUAUUUAAAAUGUUUUAAAAAGUUUGAUAAAUGGACCAAUUAUGAUAAAAUUUAAGUGAUUCUAAUUAGUUGGGUUUAAUGGCGGUGAGAAGAUUUGAUUAUUUCUGUAACAUUUAUUAUUUUUCUAAAGUGCAUACCCAAAAUUAAAUUUCAACUUGAUCAGUGAAAGUUUGUUUCAUAUUUCCUUUUACUACUAUUGUCAUGUUUUUGUUAGAUGCAAAACAAAGAAAAGUACAGACCAAAGUUUUUGAAAGUACUUUGAGUGAAGAAGUAAAAGAACCUGAAGCUGAAGGAGCUGCAGUAAAAUAUGAUGAACCACUGAUCCCUAAACCACCUAUUGAAUCUGAAGCACACACGCCUAGAGGUUUUUCUAGUCCUCCAAGUAUAAUGAGCGAUGUAUCGGUAUUAUCAAUCGAAUUAUCAACUGACUAUAUAAAAACACGUAACAGCUCUGGUCAGUAUUUAAUGUAAUCAUUUUUUUAAAGAAUAUAAUUGGCAAAAUAUGAAUAUUAACUUGUUAAAACAUGUUUGAUCCACAAGUUAAUUUUAGCGAACUUUAGCAAAUGUAUUAUAUAAUUAGAUGGAAAGCUAUAAAUGUAACAUUUCAAAAUAGAAAAUUACCUAAACACAGUAUUGUACACUAUUAACUUCCUUCACAUGUUAUAAUUCUUUCAAAACUAUGUCAUUCUAAAUAAUAUGUGUUAAACACUAUUAUUAUAGGUUUCCUUAUCAUAUUUUUGUCUAAUAUCUUUAAUUCCAGGUAAUAAGAGGGAUAUCACUAAUAAGGAGUUGAAAGAGAGUAAUGUAUAUAAAGAAAUGAUAGUAAAUAAAUUCAUUGACCAAGAUAUAAUCAAAGAUGAGUCAAAUCAGAAGACCAAUGGUGGAGAAACUGAGUCUUCAUCAGAAGAUAUGAGUGAUGGAGGUAAUAAUGUUAUUCUGACAUGUAAACAUCCAUUUUUAAUAUAAGAUAUCAAAGUGCAAACUAUUUUAAUCUGGUAGCAUAUAUAUAAUAACGUCAGAAUGUCAUUAAAAACAUAUGACAUUUUUGAAAUCUUUUAGUUGAACUUUGUAACUAAUUGCUACACUCUAGUUAAAAAAAAUCUUGAGCUCACCUUUAUUUGAGCCAAAAGAGCUUUACUUGAAUCAUUUAGCUGACCCUUUCAGUAACUUAAAGAUAUUCAGUCACAACCUGUACAAAAAUUUCUCUUUCUUAAGGAAGCUGGUUGCAUUGGAAAUUUUGUAUAAUUAGUUUGAGAAUGCUUCUUUUGUUAUUUAAAGAACCAAUGAAGCUGAAAUUUCCUUAGUUUCUAGUUAUUUUUUUAUAAUAUGAGAAAAAUUGACUUCUUGAAUGCAGAUUUACACAACUGCCUUCAUUUUACUGUGAUUAAUUUUUAGGGCUUCUUCAAAACAUAUUUACAAUCAACAAAAAAAAUGUGUGAAAAUAUUUAUACAAGUUUUUCUCUUUCUGAAGUGUGUAUACAUUUUUAAGGUGGACUCUGUAUAUAUAGUUAUUUGGUGUACAUUUUAAAAUAGAAAUUUUCAAUUGAUUUAUUUUCUUUUUUGAUUCUAGAAGCUGAAGAUGUCGAUAAAAUCAGGCAACUGACUGAAGCACCACCUCUGGAACUGAGGGAAUACCAGAAGGAGCUGGCAGAAAUAGCUUUACAAGGAUUAAACACCAUCAUUUGUGCACCAACAGGGUCUGGUAAGACCAGGGUGGCCACUCAUAUUAUACUUGAGCAUCUAAAAAAGAGGCGUGAAGGUAAAUAUGGAUUUAAUAUAAUAAAAAAUAGAAAAACUAAGAACAUGAUCUCAUUAGCAAUAGAGAUACAAUUCAAAUACUACAAGAAAACUUGUAAAUCUAAUUCAUUCACAAUCUUCACAUCUUUCACAACCCUCACAAGAGCUUGAUUGUGUCAUGUAUUCGACUGAAAUGACGAGCCAGAUACUCAGUAAGAAACAAACUCUGCUGUGUGUAGACAUCUCCUUGGCACCGGGGCUAUUUCAUUCAACUUCUGAUUAUGUACAAUUAGUUGAUAAUUAAAAAAAUUAUAUGAUAUUGACAAAAAUUAGCAACUUAGUAAAAGUCAAAGGAUUUUUUUAAAAGUUAAAUAUAUUAGUUAAAAAGUAUGUCAUAUUUUAUAUAUAUAAUUGGUUUAAAUGCUUCAUAAAAUAGUUAUAUCAGGGAAAAAACAAAAGAUUUUUUGUCUGUUAUUUAACCUUCAGUCUUUCUUACCAUUAUCUUUUACCAUUAUCUUAACAGCACAUUAUUUAUUUUAAAAAACUUUUUCACACAGUAUCAAUUAGAAAGAUUAUAUCUUAAAUACAUUUAAUUGUGGUUUCUGCUAUUUAAUUAUUUGUCAUGGAAAUAAAUAUGAAUCAUAUAUUUGAAAAGACAAACUGAUUAAAAAUGUGUUUGUUCUAAUUGAUGUUCCAAAAUGGAACAAUUAUUAGGGUUGGUUAUUCUUUUGUUUUAAUGUUUUAUUCAGGAUAAGUGAACUCUUAUUUCACAGUCUUUACUACUGUUUCCAUAUUUAAUAUUUAUGAAUCUUGAUAAUCCCAAGUCACACAAAUUAAGUGAAAUAACCAAAUUGUUUAAAAGUAUUCAUAUUCAAAAAAGAAAAGAUUCGUUUUAAACUUAAGUCCUGGAUGCAACCAGAAUAAAAAACAGAAUUAGUUCAGUGUUUAAGUCUGAGUUCACUUAUGACUUAUAAAAAAAUGAAUCUUCUCUUCUAUUACUAUUAAUGUAAAAUAAAAGACAUUUUCAUAUUCAAACAAGCGAAACAUGUUUUUUUUUACCAUGGAGAAUAUUUCUGUGAGAGAUAUGGUGAAUAUUUUACUCCUAGUUCCCAUUCCUGUCUUAUCAACAUGUCCUAGAAUAGUUAAUUUCCAGACAUCCCCUUUUUUUAAAGACACAUAAUGACAGAAAAAAGGAAAUGAGUGUAACAACAGAAAAAAGAGAAUUAAAUUAAAAAAUAGCACUUAGCUGAAAAGUAGUAUCCAAGAGGGCAGCAAAAGAAUUGUUACAGAAAAUAAGUGGGUGAGAGAUUAGUAUUAUUAUUAGAUAAGUAUUAUUUUUUAAUUUAAUUCUGUUUUUUUUUCUUCUGUUGUUUGUUUGCUGACAAAGGCUUCCUGCUGAAACGUUUGUUAGUUUGUUGCGUUCCUUUUUUCAAGUUUUCCCAUAUUUUGUUUUACUCAUUUCCUUUUUUGCAAACCUUAUUACAGUCUCUCCUCCUUAAUACGAUAAUGAAACAAAAUAUUUAUAUCUCCUAUGUCAAGAAAAAAUCUAAGACUUGAAUAAUAAUUUUAUCAAGACUACCUACGAACAUAAGAUUUAAAAUUCUAGCUUGUUUUGGUGUGACUUCACCCAUAAUAAUUUUUUGCUUUAUAAUUUGUACAAAUUAUAAUCCUCUUUUAACUUUAUUUUUGAAUGGUCUUAGAUCAAUGUUUUUGCACUCUUAGAUGCCCUGAAAUGUAAAAUUUAAUGGGUUUUAUUCCAAAGAAGUUAAUUUUUGGUAAUUAUUAAAAAAAAUUAAAACUUUAAAAUCACUUUCCUAUGAUGUGUUUAUGUCAAAUAAACUUUAAUCAAACUAGAUGUUGGUUUGUUUAUUUUUCAGACUUCAAUUUGGGCAUGGCUGUACCCUGGUUUAAAAACAUAGUUCUAGUCUAAUAAAAGUUUUGUUUUUUAAUAUCAACUAUUUGCAACAUCCUCGUAUCCCUUAGUCCUUGGACUGUUGGGGCGCCACAGAUGACAUGUGAACCAUCCUCCUCCAUUCCUCUCUGUCUUCAGCACGACGCACUGCAUCGCCCAGUGUUAGUCCUGUCCAGUCUUUGAUGUUAUCCUCCCAUCUUUUUCCUUGUCUUCCUCUUCGUCUCCCUCCUCUUGUGGUGCCCUGCAAUAUUUCUUUGGCAAGCCCUUGUUUCCUUGUUACGUGGCCGUACCAUUGUAGUUUGCUAUGAAUAGAAAAAGUGAUUUAACUUUUGUUAUUAUUUUAAAAAAUGUAUAUAUAGGUACAGUCGCAAAAAAGAAGACAAUAGCUUUUCUUGCAAGAACUGUACCAUUAACUGUACAACAGGGAAAAGUCUUGAGAAAGGCAUUUAAUAAAGAUUACAAAGUAAGAUACUAUUUUUUAAAAUCUUUUAAUUGUAAGUUUUUAGUCCUUUAAUAGAAGUUCAAUAUAAGCAGUAGCAGGAUUCAAAAUAUAAAUUUUCAAUUCAUCCCCAUGCAACUCAUGAACACCCAUCACAUUUUUAACAAAUUGCAAGUUAAUAUUAUAACAUGACAUGCACAAAUUUCAUUAUAUUAAUCGAACUAGAGACCGACAGAAUUUUGGCUUCGGUUUCAUCAUCGAAAGUUGUCAUUUGAUCACUUUCGACCUAGUUUCGGUUUUGGCCAAAACAGAAAAGUUAACUUUCGGUUUAAUUUCUGUUUUGGUUGAAACAGAAAAGUUAACUUUCGGUUUAAUUUCAGUUUCGGACAAAAGAGAUUGAGACUUUCGGCCAUCUAGCAGAGGUCAGAUUGUCUGUCUUUCUCUAGGUCGGUAAUCCGAUAUUCAUUACUGCUCGACAUCUUUCUAUCAUCAUAUGUUAUAUGAUUAAUACUUUGCGAAAACUGCUCCCUCCUACUAGUCCUUUAUUUUUAAAAAAUUAAAUUUCAAUUAGGCCUAGGCAAAUGUAAAUAGUUUUAUGGAAUGGCAAUAUUUAUAUCAUAAUUUUUGUUAUAUGUUUUUUCCAACACAAAUAACCCUUGGUUUAUUUAAAUUCAUUUAUUUGUGAUAUUCAUUUUGAUUUACCACUAUCAUGCUCAUCAAUGUUGUCAUAUGCAAAGGUGAAUAAUACUGAAUAAUCCUAGGGAAUUAUUGUUUUUGUUUUAUUUUUUUUAAAAAUAAAAAUUAGGGAAACUUAGGCUUUUUCAAUUCAUUCAUUUCUUGAAAUUCUUCAUUAUCAUUCUCAUAAACAUUGUUAUUGACAAAACAACAUGCAUGUGCAUGUAUCACAGAAUAAUUAUGCUGUUGGCCCACUGCAGACCAGUUUACUUUUAUUAUUUUGGCGACCAAUGUAAGAUUUUAGAUGUCUUUUGCGAUUCUCCUCCAAGACAUGACAGAACAACAAUUUUAAGGGACCUGGUUAAAAAAACAUCUCCCCACCCCCCCCCCCCAAACCAAUGAGAUUAGGGGAGGUUGGUCGCUGAACGAAAUAAUUAUGUCACCAGCACGGAAAGACUAAUGUCUUGGUACUAUGCUAAAUAUUAAUACAUCAAUAUCUACCCAGCUAUUUAUGAAAACACAAAGUAUAAGUAUGAUGAUAACUGCGAAAUAUUGUGGUGAUAUUUAUAUAGCCUUAAUAACUGAUAUUUAGGUGACAAAUGGCUUUAUUAGCGCCAUAAUAGUUAUUGUAGAUAUAUGUUCUUAUUGUAAUUAUAUUAUAAAAGCAAAAGACACUCAAUGGUCUCUUACCAUACUACUUUAAAAACCUUUUUAAGGAGUUUAAAUUAAUUUUUUUUUUAAAUGGUAAAAGCCAAAGUAUUCAUUAGAAAUUUAUUGAUAUUCACAGUGAUCUCAUUUUUUUUAAUAAAAAGAAGGUAAAUAUUGAUACUUUCCCCCAUCAUUUUUCGAUGUAUGCAGAAUGUAUGCUUGAACGAAUUUCAAAAUACCUAAAUCUUUCGGUUUCAGCCGAAAGUCUUGUUAAGCUUUGGCUUUGGCUUCGGCCGAAAGUCUUGUUCAGCUUUUGGUUUCAUAUUCAGCCGAAAGUCAUUUUUAACUUUCGGCCUGGUUUUGGUUUCUGCCCAAGAUCAGAAAAUCACUUUCGGUCAGACUCUAAUUCGAACUUUAUAAAAAUGUGGUACUUAAAGUUUAUUUUUAAUUGUUGCAAUUUCUCCUUUAGAUCACACACAUCAUAGGAAGCACUAACGAAAGUUUAAAUCUGAAACUCAUCCUGAACAAAUUUGAUGUAAUAGUCAUGACCCCUAUGAUCCUUGUCAACCACCUUGAAAGUAAAACUCUCCGCUUGCGCCAUUUUUCUUUGCUGAUAUUUGAUGAGUGCCACCAUACGAGGAAAGAUGAGCCCUACAACAGGCUGAUGUUUUUUUAUCUGAAGGCGAAAUACAAAGGCAAUCCAUUUACAAAAGCUAAUUUGCCUCAAGUAAGGUUCCAUUUUUUUAAAGUUUUAUGAGCAUUAACUAUUUCAAUUUUUAAAAAUCUAGUAUAUAAAAUAAAGCUUUGUCUAUCAGUACUUUAAGCUGGACAAUACAUGAACUAUAAUGUAAAGUGAAAAAUAAAAUAAAUACAUUAGCUCCCCAAAUUAUAGUAAAAGUAUUUUAUGAAAUAUUGUUACAUAAUUAAACUAAUUUUAAAUUGUGUUACAGAUUAUUGGUAUGUCAGCCUCAAUUGGCAUUGAAAAAGCUAGAACUGUCAAAGAGGCAACUGAAAGCAUCCUUAAAAUUUGUGGAAAUCUGGAUGCCCCUAACUUAUCAACUGUAAUAAAAAAUGAGUCUGAGUUGCGGGAACUUGUGCCUGUGCCUGAAGAAAGUAAAUCCUUUUGUAACUCUGUCAGUCUUUUCUAGGACUUCCUAGUAAAAUAAAUAAAUGGCUUCAAUUACCAAAAAAACCCAAAAAUUUUAAUAAUAUUUUGCUAAUUUAAAUUAAAUUUACUGGAUGUUACCCAAGUAAAAAAAAAUAAAAUUUCUUCAAUACUUUAGAAGACAUUCAGCUCAAAGAACGGGAGGAGGAUGAUUCAUUAAAUAAAGUGAUAGAAAUUAUGAACAAGAUGGAGGAUCACAUCAAACAUGCUGGGCAAGGUACAAUUGUAAUAAAAUUAAUUGAAAUAGUUUGGUUCCUAAAUAGUUUGACAUUUUUAUCCUCUUUUUCAUAAUGUUUUGAUAGUUGUCUUGAAUGAUAGUUUCUAUUUCAACACAUUAAAAAAAAAAAUCAUCCACAUUCUAUAUGUUCUCACAUUUGAAACACCUAGAUCUACCCACACUUAAUAUCCUCAACUUUGUGUUUUAAAAUUUAACUUAAUUCCAAGUAUGAACAAAACUAUAUUUGUAUUUUAUUUUGUUCCUAUUUUUCAUGAGAACUAUCUCUUUAUUUUAUGUUUUUGUGUGUCAGCUUAGUCAAGGCAGCUGAUUCUUAUGUUUUUAAUUAUUUAAAAGGGUGUUUUUCCAUAUUUUUUUUUAAAUUAAAGAAACAAAAUUAUAAAAUCUAGUUUCCAGAAUCUGAAAAAAAUUUUUAUGAUACUACAUUGAGAGAAAAAAUAUUGGAUUUGGAAAUUGGAAAAAAAAAAACAUUAAAAAAAAAGCCAAAAAGCUCUUGAAUAAUUAAGAACAUUUGUAGUCAAUGAAACCUUUUUCAUCUUUUUCUUUUAAGCGAUUGGUCAUCCAGAAACUAAAAAAAAAACUGAAAACAUACCAAGGAAUAAAAAGAGCCAAGAAUAUGGUCAGUGGGCUGUUGAUUUAAAAAAUGCUGCCAAGUCUGUGCCUAUAAUUGACAAAUCCAGAGAAACCAACUCACCAGUUCGAACUUUAAUGAUAGCUACAGAUUAUUUAUGGGUCAGUGAAUUUGUUUUUAUUUAUUUAAUUUUUAAUUUAUUUCAACAAAAUAAUAAAAUCAAAACACUGAAUUUCUGCAUAAAGUAUAAGAUAUACUUUAAAUAACAGUUUUGAGAAGUUUUGGUAAAAAUUCUGAAUUAAUCAUUGACCACUGAUAGAUUAUUUGUUCAUAAAUUAUUGUUAUGCAGUCUAAGAGUUAUAGAAUAUACUUUACAAUAGAUAUCUUGGAGAUUUGAAUAUGGAUAGUAUCUCCUUCGAAAGCCCAAAAUAUUUUUUACAUUGAGUUAUUUUAGUGGUAAAUGUAUGAAAUAGCAAAAUCUAAUUCCAUGAUAGUGCUGUUUUAAAUUAAAAAACAGACUUUAAAUUAAUCAGAUAAGGGUUGGAUAUUUAUUAAUACAUAUUGACAAUAUUUCAGGCAUACAGUGUGGCCAUAGAGACACAUGACCUUGUUGAGUUGAAAGAUGUUAUGGUCUAUUUGAGAAAACGUUUUGAAAAAUACAGAAAUAAAGAUGGAGAACCAAAUGAAGAGAAAACGUUCUAUGGUUAUUUUGAAGGUGAUUGACUCCCUUUCAUAUAAUUUUGUAUAUUAUGUUUGUUUUACAGAGUUUCGUAGUUUAUGAGAAUUUAAGUUAAAUGGAGUAUGACCAUAGCAUGAAGUGCAUGCUUCUCCCUUUUAAGACGGUAAAGAGUAAAGAAGGUUGUUCAUUCUUACGUCAUAAUUUUUUUAACUUGGUAGGUGAUAACUGAUUACCAAUUUUUUUCGGAAUAUUUCAGAUUUAGAGCAGGUUGUCAAGAGAAGACAUAGUGAUGAAAAUCCUAAUUUAAUUAUUUUGGCUGAAACCCUAGUGGAUAAUCUUGUUAAAAAGGGGAAAGAGUCUCGUGGUAUUAUCUUUGUCAAGACUCGAGCUCUAGCAGAAGCUCUAGCCUCUUGGCUUAAUAGAUGCGGCUUUUCACUUCUGGAAAAACUCAAUGCACAUAUUUUUACUGGGACAAAUGCAAAAGAGGAGGAAGGAGGUAAUUAUAUUUUCUUAAAAUUUUACCAUUAAGCUGUCCCAUCCAAUUUUCCCCAUCCUGAGGUAGUGGUAGCAUCCAAUUUGGCAGAAAUUUUUUGAUUUUAUUUCAAAAUCAAGAGGUGCAUUUUGGAUUAUACCUAUUAUAUAUAUUGGUGCUGGGUGGCUGAAUGGUCAAAACUGACUCAAACCAAUUAGCUGGUGGUCUGGAGUUCAAUUUCCACCAAAGCCAACAUCCCAAGCACUCCGGUGGAUGGGACCCGUUAGCCUUGGAUGGCAACUUAUGUAAGAGAAGGCAAACUCUGAAUUCAAACCAGGAGCCAGAAUGAUCAAUAAAUUGAUUGUGGGCCCUCAAAUAAGAAGAAGAUUUAUUAGUAUUUAGUAUAUUACCUAGUACAUCUAUUGCAACCUUCUACACUUAAUUGGAGAGCAACGGAGGAGAUGCUAGUUAAAAAAUGUAGGUGUCAAUUAACCUUAGAACCAACAUGUGAGCCCAGGAACCCCUACGACAGGGGGCCUCAAAAGUCAAGCCACGGCUCUGCUUGACUUGCUUUUGUUAUGCAAUUAUUUCUUUAUGUUGCUAAAUAGCAAUUUAUUUUUUUUUUAUUUAAAACAUUUUGGGGGUUAACUAUUUAAUGAGUAAAUGAAUUUUUAAAAAAAACCUUUUCAUCACAAAAAAGCACAGCUAACAUUUCAUGACAUACUGAACUCACUGCUAACAUCGGGUGACAUAUUUAACUCCCUACUAACAUCAUGUUGCAUAUUAAUCGCAAAUAAAAAAAACAAUGAAAAACAACAACUUACUUAUAUAAAUAACUUUUUGUAAAUAUUUCUAAGUUUUAUCAGAGUCAAAAAGAACCAAAAAAGUGUUAAGUAAAAGGGUCUAUAAAUUUUUAUGGGUUUUCAAAACUGGUAUUUUUAUAAAUCAUAUAUGAAUGGCAAAAUUAUGUUAAGAAGACAUGAGUUGUUAAUAGAAGACAUCAAAUAUUUAUGCUUAUAUGUUGAAAUAUAAUUUGGAAUAGAUUGCACAUGUUUGAACCUUAGCAAGAACUAUAUUAAAAUUAUAAACGUUUAUAUUUAUGUAAAGGUACUUUUAUACCACGCUCUUUAAACUUGUGAAGUUUUUAAAAAAAUUAAAUUUGUUUACAUACUGAUAUAUGCAAACAACAGGAAGUACAACUUUGGCUUAUAAUCAGGAGCUGUCAGUACAAUAUUUAUAGGCUGUCGCUAUUCGGACCCGGGUCCGAGAAGUGAGAGUUUGAGUUUAUUAAAAAUUCUUUAAAAAUUAUUGCGGGGCUUGUAAGACAUAAUUAGGUAUCAAAUGAAAGAUAAUUGACUAUAUUUUUGUAAACUUACUUCUUAAUUUUAACUAAAAUGAAUUACAACAAAUGACAUCCGAAUAGCAUUUAGUCAAAAUGGACCCGGACACGCAGCGCCGCUAUUCAGACCCGGUUCCCUUUAGACUCAAUGCUAUUUUUGUCAUUUGUAAUAGUUUAUUUUAGUAAACAAAGUAAGAUCUUUAAGAUGAAAAUAGUGUUUUGUUAUAUUUUAUCAUUUAUCAGCCCAGUUCUUUUUGUAUCAUAUCUGAAUUUAUAGCAUUUAACAGUUUCUACUUUUAGUGAUUUUAAAUAUUUUAACAUUUGUAGUUCAUUUUUCCUGAUUAAAAAUGCAAUCACUACAUGAUUAUGUUGUUCCAGAACAAUUUUUGUUUUACUAUUUUGUUGAACUAAAUUGAAUGCAAGAAACUGUCUUGCAAAGGUAAAAGUGAAUCAUUCAAGUGAAUUUCUGACAACUUUUGUUAGUUAUGAGGGAUCACCGUUGGUUAGAUUAGAUUGUUGCAUCUUAAAUUACUUAGUAGAAGAAUGUUGUAUCUAUUAGAUUGUUGAAUCUACUAAUAAGAUUGUUGAAUCUAUUAUUAUAUUGAUGCAUCUGCUGUUAGAUUGAUGAAUCAAAUUAUUACAUUGAUGAAUCUACUAUUCGAUUGAUGAAUCAAUUAUUAGAUUGAUGAAUUUGCUAUUAAAUUGAUGAAUCUAUUAUUAGAUUGAUGAAUCUGCUAUUAGAUUGAUAAAUCUAUUAUAAGAUUGAUGUAUCUGCUAUUAGAUUGAUGAAUCUAUUAUUAAAUAUUUGAAACUACUAUUAGUAAACCGCUAUUUCAGGCAUGUCCUCAGUUAAACAAGAAGAAGUGAUUAAACGAUUUAGGUCAGGUGACAUCAAAGUCCUAGUAGCUACCUCUGUUGCUGAAGAAGGCCUUGACAUUCCUGACUGCAAUCUUGUAAUUAAAUACAAUCAUGUUGGCAAUGAAAUCACUACUGUCCAGACAAAAGGUUGUAAAUGUUUCAGAAUUCGUUUGUAUCACAUUUAGUUUAUAUAAAUAACUUGUUUUUAAAAAUAUUGUAAGAUGGGAAUGGUAGUCACUUUAAAAUACUAACUAGAUAAAAUAUUAGAAAACUCAAGGCUAGCCAUUCAUUAUGUUGUUUUAUAGUCGUAAAUUACUUGCUGUGACUAUUCUGAGGUGGGGUUUUAUUUUUGGCUUUUAAAAACACUUCUUUGGUUUUCCCUCACUUGCUCUGCAAGAUCAUUACUGUUUAUUUAUCUCUUAAAGUCACAAAUGAAAUUUUUUUUAAAUAUCAUAUUCAUUAUUUUUAAAUUUAAAAAUGCCAAGAAACAUAACAAGGACAACUUUCAGUAUAUAAAUGACAAGAGACAUUUAGGAGUGACUCUAUGUCACAUGCUUUUUCACCUUUGUUUAUGCUUUAACCAUCAUUACAAUGGGAGCUUCCAUUUUCUAUUUAAGGAAGAAGCAGGAAGCAUGGUGGUGUUUCAAUUCUCCUAGCUAUGGACGAUGUCUUAAGGCGGGAAUAUGUCAAUCGUGAAAAAGCAAAAGUUAUGAAAAAAGCCUUUAAAAAAAUUAAUGAAAUGGAUUUAAAAGAAAAGCAGGAAUUCAUUGACAAUUAUCAAAAAGAAAUCAUGCAAACAGCUGAGAUUGAAGAAGCUCUAGCCGCAAACAGGAGGCAGAAAUUAAGAGAUGUUGAUUUUUCAAUGGUAGGCUCAUAUGAAAAUUUAUAUUAUUAAAUUGAAAUUAUUAGAUUGUUAAGACAGUUAAUUCCCAGAUAGUCAUGUAAAUCUGUUAAUCAGAUGAUAGUUGUCGCUUGGAUUUAGAGUUUUGUCAUAUGAUAUCCAAAAAAAAUUACACCUCAUAAAGUUUGCAGGCAAUAGAAUUAUGAUUAUGAAAAAAUCAUUAUUUCUCCUUUAAUUCUUAUUUCAGGUUUGUCCUUUGUGUAGGAAAGUUUGUAUUGAGAAGAGGAACAUAAGGACAAUAUUUGACAAGUUUAGAGUAUCCAUUGACAGGUGUGUUUACUUAGCUGGGCUCAACUUUUAGAUUUAAAAAAACACAAGAGAGAUUACGGAACCAUCAUAGUGUUUAGUAAGGGUUCAAGGGUGAAGGUUUAAAUUAAAUGUAUGGUAUUUAACUUCAAUCGAAAUGAGAAAUUGUGUGGUCAAUCUUUAUUAAAUUUUAAAUAUAUAUUUUCUGCAUACAUUAUUUUGCAUUUUUCUCUUAAUUUUGAAUUAAUAUUUGUUACUAUGUAAUACUAAUGAGAUUCUGUAUAUGAAAAUCUGCUUUUAUUGCUGGCUCUUUAGAGGUUCUCCUUGAGCCAAUUUACCGGAAACACUAAUUUUAACUUUAAAAAAAAAAUGUUUAAACUGCACAAUGUGAUGCUCAGGCUAUUAAAUUUUUCAGAUGUGAAAAAAAAUCAUUUAAAUUAGUUUUUUUUAUGAUAGAUAAUACAAGUUAUUACAAUAUAAGAUCAAUUUUAAAAAAAACAAACUUUUAUAUACAAGUUAUAAAAUAAAAUUUUAAAUAGUUUUAAUUGACCUCAUAAAUACAAAAGUUUUAGUGAAUAUUACAAUAAUUUUUAUGAAUUUCUUAAAAAUAUUUAAAGUAUUUAUUUAAAGCAUUACAAGUUAUAUUUUCAAUAAGAAAUCACAAGUUUUCAUUAAAUUUAAACAGCUUUUAACAUGAUUUUAAUUUUUGUUUUGUUUCCAGGAACCUUCUAAAUGGCAAAAUCCUCAAAUGUGUUCCAAUGAAACAACGAUAUGUAGAUGAGUUGGAAAUGGUUGGGCCAGUGUUUUGUCGUGGUCAGCCUAAAUUAGGGACAACAUGUGGACACAAACUAGGCCAAAUGAUCAAAUAUGGUGGUGUUCCUUACUUUGCCAUGAGGCUUGAAAGCUUUGGCUUCUACAAAAAUUCUACAGAUAACUUGGAUUGUUUCAAAAAAUGGAAAGAUGUACCAUAUAUAACUCAGAAACUGACCCAUGAGGAUAUUGUAGAGUAAGUAUUCCUUAGUUAUAUAUUUUUAAAGAAGUAUUCCAAAUGAAGUAGCUACUCAAUUAUUUGAAAAUGUAUCUGCACACUUAUUCUACCAUUGGUUAUCUACUUAUCAAUAGUAAUUCUUUUUAAAAAUGUCUGUUAAAAAUAUCUGAACAAUUUACUGAGUUAUCAAUGUUGCAUGCUGUAUGUAGGUACAUCAAAGAAACCCAGGGAGCUAUCCAGAUUGGUGGAGAUGAUGAUGAUGAUCAAGGUAGUAGUGAUGAUGAAGAGACUCAAAUUCAAAAAGUCAAGAGGACAUCACUUCCACUUACAGGUGAUACAGCACCUGGGGAUGAAGCCAAUUCUGUGACUUUGGAUGAUGUGAGGCAAAACUCAGGUCAGCCUCACCCAGGAAUAACUGGCUCACUUGCAAGAAAAGUAGAGUCUGAAUUAGGGAAAGCUCCAACUUUAAACGCAAAUUCAAUCAUUUCUGAACUAAACAUUUCUGAGCAGUCCUCAAUAAGCAUUGCUAUGAGUGAGACCAGUGGUGAGUCUUGAGACAUGUCUCAAAUUAAAAUUUACACAGUUGUCAAAAUGUAUGCAGCACUGUCAAAGAAAUAUUUAUUUUAGACUAUUUAUUGCUUUUUUAAAAAAGAAAUACCAGUGAUUUCACGAUUAUAAUUAUAGUCACA